GAAUCUUCAUCAUUUUCGAGUUCGGUCUCAAACCCUAAUCACAAUCUUCGCCGUCGAGAAGCAUCCAUGGGUCGUGUCAUCAGAGCUCAGCGUAAGGGAGCGGGUUCCGUCUUCAAAUCCCACACUCACCACCGUAAGGGUCCGGCUAAGUUCCGCAGCCUCGAUUUCGGCGAGCGUAAUGGUUAUCUCAAGGGAGUCGUGACGGAGAUCAUUCACGAUCCUGGCCGUGGAGCGCCGCUUGCUCGCGUCUCUUUCCGCCAUCCUUUCCGUUACAAGAAGCAGAAGGAGCUUUUCGUCGCCGCAGAAGGUAUGUACACCGGCCAGUUUCUGUACUGCGGUAAGAAAGCCACUCUCGUCGUCGGAAAUGUCCUCCCGCUUCGAGCUAUUCCCGAAGGAGCCGUCGUCUGCAACGUCGAGCACCACGUCGGAGAUCGUGGUGUUCUCGCUAGAGCUUCCGGCGAUUACGCAAUCGUUAUUGCUCACAACCCUGACAGUGACACUACUAGGAUCAAGUUGCCAUCUGGUUCGAAGAAGAUUGUCCCGAGUGGAUGCAGAGCCAUGAUUGGUCAAGUAGCUGGUGGUGGAAGAACCGAGAAGCCGAUGCUCAAGGCAGGAAACGCGUACCACAAGUACCGUGUGAAGAGAAACUCAUGGCCUAAGGUUCGUGGUGUGGCUAUGAACCCUGUUGAGCAUCCUCACGGAGGAGGUAACCAUCAGCACAUUGGUCACGCCAGUACGGUCAGGCGUGACGCACCACCAGGACAGAAGGUUGGUCUUAUUGCUGCUAGGAGGACUGGUCGUCUCAGAGGUCAAGCUGCUGCUUCUGCCGCCAAGGCCGACUAGGUUUAAAGAUUGUAUGCUGUUUUCUUGGAGUUUUUGCUGUGUGUUUUCCCUUUGAAACUUGUGUUCUGAAAUCUCAAAGAUUUUGUUAUAAUCUUGUCUUCUUUCUUCAAGCUUAUAUUAUGCAUUUUGCAAGUUUUCGUUUCA